CCGGUUCCCCUCCAUCACCCAUCUCAGCAGCAAUACUUUCGCUCGUCCUCUCCUAGCGUCUCGUCUCACGUGGAGGGGACCCGAACUAGUCUUGGAAAAUGCGGCGAUAGUAAAUAUCCGACCCUGAUCUCCGACCUCUACCGCAAACACUCUUAGGCUCGCGAUAUUCGCUCUUUCAUCAGUAAUAGAAGGGAAAAGAAAGAGCGAAGUGAAUGUCAUCCGUCCUCCAUACACAUAGACGUCUCCCAGGUCCAACAACCGAUAUUUAAAGUUCCGUCAGUCCGUGCUCCGAGCCGGGUCCAUAUCACCAUUUCCGCUUCAACCUGUCGAUGAUAUCCGGACUUCCAUUAGUUCUUUUAUAUCCGCAUAACUAUUGAUCUAAGAGAAGGAAUUUCUUUGAGCAAAUAACAAGGCCCUUCUUUUGGAGUUAGAAAUCGCGACACAACAAGAAUCGUUUGAAAGAUGGCUGUUCCAUUUCAGCUUGCUCUCGUUGGAUUGGCGAUAGGAGCGGCGACUGUGUGGUAUGAUUUUACUUCGUGGAAGGCGUUCGGCACCGGAGGUACACCACCCACUCUCAAAGGUUACCUCAAGAUCCGCCGCUGGGGCCUCUGGCUCUUCUUCCACUCACAAGACCUCCUCAACGCAUCCGCAAUCCCGGAUGAAGGACUCGCCUAUCUUUCCAAAGACGAUAUCCCAGUACGAGCAGGGCCACGCCCAAAGCUCACCCGAUGGACCCUCCCACAACGCCAAUUCCGCGACCCCAUAACUCCCACCGCAGCCGAAGCCCUCUUGAACAUGAUGCCCUCAACCGCCACAAGCUUUCCGCAAACUAUCCGUUCCGGCCCCUCCAAAACCGAAGGCGGUACCGGUCCAGCUAUCUACGUGCAACCCUCGUGUCCGACCAUUAAUCCCGUCGCGCACAAAAUUUUCUACGAAGUCGCGCAUGUGCAUCCGGCGGAGAAUUCUCUGCAUGUGUAUGUUUCACCCAGAGAUGCAAGGACGGUGGUACAGGCGGGCUGGGGUCAGAGGUUUCCGGUUACGUGGCUCGCGCCGCCAAGUUGGAUUAUGGUGUAUGCACCUAGGAAUGAGGAAGAGGUGGAGGUCGUGGAGAAGAUUGUUAAAGCGGCGGCGAUGUUUGCAGUGGGGGGGAAUUUGAAGUAAGAAGAAGGGGGCGAGGAAGGGGAGAGUGGAGCAGAAGUUGGCGCAUGGGUGACCGAGAAGGAAUGUCAGCGUUUCGGUGUAGUGUUACGUGUUGGAUAGAGUGUUCAUUCGGGACUCAAAGUGCACCUAUUCAUUUUUUGAUAGACCUCAAUUGCAUGUCAUGACGGAGUUAACGGCGAAAUGAAAUUCCUG